AUGCCGCUCACCUUCCCCCGCACAGACUGGACGGGCGUCGGCUUCGGCUUCCCCCCCCAUGAAGAGGGACAGUACGUGUACGAGCUAGCCUAUGCGGCGUACAAAGCCAGCAUCGCCUGGAAACGAGCCGAGGAGAGCGGGGACUGGACCCUCAUCGACAGAUACUGUUGGCAAUUGUGCGUGUACGACAAGGCGAUUGAGCUACGAAGCGGGUACGAACCCCCCCCCGCCCGUCGGCCGAUCAUGACCUACGCAGACUGGGAAGAAGAUAUGGACGAGCUGAUCGGGGGCGUAUACGACGUCCAGGCCCGGGCAGGCAUACCCACGCCCCUCUCCCCGCCCACAGUCGCGGAGAUCCAGCCCUUCAUCCUCGCCGCACUCCGGUACAGGGCCCGCGCAACGACACUGCUCGACGACGAAGUACCCCCGCGCGUAGCGCGGCCGUUCGAGCUGAGCGAAUUGGGCCGCUUCGCAGCCAUGUAUCACAACUUCAUCCACGUCGAGGAGUGGGAGGACGAGGAGGGGAAUCCGCGCACGAGGCGGCGGCGUAUCGAGGAGAAGCGGUAUCCUGAGCCCUGCUACGAGACCGAGCCCGCCGAGCCCGCCGAGCCUGCAGAGCCCGCAGAGCCCACAGAAUCGGCCGAGGCCGCGGAAUCGCUAGCCGCCCCUUAG